AUGGCUUGUUCGGCUUGGCUUCACUCGUCUUCUUUAUCACACACUCUGCUUCCAGUUCUCUGCCGCCAAACUACUAUCUCCACUAUUUUCUUGCGGUUCAACCGCCUCUCCUCCGCUGCUCGCUUCUUCUCCUCAAUUGGCCGGACCAACGCUCUGGUUUUCGCCCUGGCCAAGCGCCGUGAUGGUUCCUUGUCGCUCAAAGAAGACCUAGUCGCUUCUCCGGCUGAUCUUCAUUUUGAACCGCCACUAAAAAUUGUGGAUAUCCGACCCGAAUUGAGGGCGAGAAACCAAAAGAAUGUGUCCACGUUUGAACAUCAUUUGAAGAAACUUGUCGAUGGAUAUUUCGACUUAUGUAUAGUAGCGUUUUCUUGUUCUCUGUUUUACACUGCAUGA